CCGGCGCGUCUGUCGAGUUGCGAGUCGGCGAAAGCGGCGGGAAGUUUGUACUGGGCAGAAGGCGACGGAUCUGCGGCUUGGGUGGAAAUGCCUCGUGUAAAAGCAGCUCAAGGUGGAAGACAGGGCCCUGCAAAGAGACAUCUUGCAGAAAAGUUUGCAGCUGGGGAAAUUGUAACUGACAUGGCAAAAAAGGAAUGGAAACUAGGAUUACCCAUUGGCCAAGGUGGCUUUGGUUGUAUUUAUCUUGCUGACAUGAAUUCUUCCAAAUCAGUUGGCAGUGAUGCACCCUUUGUUGUAAAAGUGGAACCCAGUGAUAAUGGACCUCUUUUUACUGAAUUAAAGUUCUACCAGCGAGCUGCUAAACCAGAGCAAAUUCAAAAGUGGAUUCGUACCCGUAAACUGAAAUACCUGGGUGUUCCUAAGUAUUGGGGAUCUGGUCUACAUGAUAAAAGUGGAAAAAGUUAUAGGUUUAUGAUAAUGGAUCGCUUUGGGAGUGACCUUCAGAAAAUAUAUGAAGCAAAUGCCAGAAGAUUUUCUCGGAAAACUGUGUUGCAGCUGAGCUUAAGAAUUCUGGAUAUUCUGGAAUAUAUUCACGAGCAUGAGUAUGUACAUGGAGAUAUCAAGGCCUCAAAUCUUCUUCUGAACUACAAGAAUCCUGACCAGGUGUACUUGGUAGAUUAUGGUCUUGCUUAUCGGUACUGCCCAGAAGGAGUUCAUAAAGAAUACAAAGAGGACCCCAAAAGAUGUCACGAUGGCACUAUUGAGUUCACCAGCAUCGACGCGCACAAUGGCGUGGCCCCAUCAAGACGUGGUGAUUUGGAAAUACUUGGUUAUUGUAUGAUCCAGUGGCUUAGUGGCCAUCUUCCUUGGGAGGAUAAUUUGAAAGAUCCUAACUAUGUUAGAGAUUCUAAAAUUAGAUACAGAGAAAAUAUUGCAGGUUUGAUGGACAAAUGUUUUCCUGAGAAAAACAAGCCAGGUGAAAUUGCUAACUACAUGGAAACAGUGAAAUUACUGGACUAUACCCAAAAACCUGUUUAUCAAAAUUUACGAGAUAUUCUUUUGCAAGGACUAAAAGCUAUAGGGAGUAAGGAUGAUGGCAAACUGGACCUCAGUGUUGUGGAGAAUGGAGGUUUGAAAGUAAAAACAAUAUCAAAGAAGCGAAAGAAAGAAAUUGAAGAAAGCACAGAAUCUAGUGUUGAAGAUAUGGAAUGGUCAAAUACACAGACAGAGGAGGCCACACAAACCCGAAGUGAGGAGUCCCAAGGAGAAAUACAUCGAAGCAUGUCUGAGCCAGGGCCUAGCAGCAGCAGAUAUCACAGUUCAAGAACCAGAAAGAGAGUCCAGAAGUAAAUCACAUGCUGUGAACCAACUUCUCUUUUCUUCUUUUUCAUUUGACUCUGUUCUUCCUUUCUAUUUUAAGUGGUGUGUGUGUGUGUGUGUGUGUGUGUGUGUGUGUGUGUGUGUGUGUGUGUGUGUGUGUGUGUGUGUGUGUGUGAGUCUUGUGGGUGGGAGUAGUGAAUACCUAUGUCUUUGAAAAAUAUAAACUUUUUUAUUAAAAUAAAUACUUUGUACAAUUUAUUAAAGAGGAAUUUAUGAAAUUCCAAAAUCUUCAGGUUAUACUCUCUAAGCUUUCCCAAGCUGUAUGUGGUUGAGAUUUUGGAGUACGUAUAAGAAAAGUUACUAAAACACAUAUUUUCUUAUCAUUGUGCAUUUCCCAGAGUUUGACAAA